GCUGCGGGGGAGCCUCGGGGUCGGGGCGCGCGGCUGCGGCGGCCGAGCCGUGCUCGGAGCUCGGAAGGGACUGACCGGGGCACCCGGUGGGCUGCUUUCCUCCCCGGGCGCUUUUGCUUUUUCUUGCUUUUGGUCCCGGUCGAGAGUCGCCCCCGGAGCCCGAGAGCCCCGAGCAGAGCGCGGGGCGCCCCUCCCGUCGAUUGUUGGGCGCGGGAUCGGCGGCAGCUUCGGGGUGCCCCGCGCGCGCCGGGCACCCAGGCGAGGCGCGCGGAGCCGCCGGCCGCGGGCGGGGGCCGGGAGCUUGCCAGGCUCGCUCGCUCGCCCCAGCGGGUCCGCUCGCGCAGGGCGCGGGGCGCAGGGCGCAGGGCGCGCGCGAUGAAGGCGGUGAGCCCCGUGCGCCCCUCGGGCCGCAAGGCGCCGUCGGGCUGCGGCGGCGGGGAGCUGGCGCUGCGCUGCCUGGCCGAGCACGGCCACAGCCUGGGGGGCUCCGCGGCCGCGGCUGCAGCGGCGGCCGCUGCGCGCUGCAAGGCGGCCGAGGCGGCGGCCGACGAGCCGGCGCUGUGCCUGCAGUGCGAUAUGAACGACUGCUACAGCCGCCUGCGAAGGCUGGUGCCCACCAUCCCGCCCAACAAGAAAGUCAGCAAAGUGGAGAUCCUGCAGCACGUUAUCGACUACAUCCUGGACCUGCAGCUGGCGCUGGAGACGCACCCGGCUCUGCUGAGACAGCCGCCGCCGGCCGCGCCGCCGCUCCACCCGGCGGGGACCUGUCCAGCCGGGCCGCCGCGCACCCCGCUCACGGCGCUCAACACCGACCCGGCCGGCGCGGUGAACAAGCAGGGCGACAGCAUUCUGUGCCGCUGAGCCGCGCUGCCCAGGUGUGCAGCCGCCUGAGCCAGAGCCAGGAACACUAGAGAGGGAGGGGAGCAGAAGUUAGAGAAAGAGCCACCGGAGGAAAGGAAAAAAAAAAAAAAUCAGCAAACCCCAGAAACCUUUCGUUCGUCAUUCCAAGAGAAAGGGACAGGAAAGAAAACUCAAACUUUCAUCCUUUUUCCUUUUUUUCUUUUUUUUUUUUUCGCACGUUCAUAGACAUUCUGCAUACUCAGUCUCUCUGUCUCUUUCAUUUAUAACCGCUGUGAAUUAAUUGUACAUUUCUGUGUUGUUUGGAGGUGCAGUUCAACUUUUAAGCUUAAGUGUGACAGGAUUGAUAAAUAGAAAAAUCAAGAGUAAAUCCCGACUUUAGAUGCCUACUUUGUGACCAAGGAGCUCAAGUUUUGUUUGGAAGCUUUACUAAUAUACCAGAGCAUUGUAGAUAUUUUUUUUUUUUUACAUCUAUUGUUUAAAAUAGAUGAUUAUAACGGAGCAGGGAACUUUCUUUUCCUUGCAAGAAUGUUACAUAUUGUAUAGAUAAAAACUGAGUGACAUUUCAUACCAUGUAUAUAUAGAGAUGUUCUAUAAGUGUGAGAAAGUAUAUGCUUUAAUAGACUACUGUAAUUAUAAGAUAUUUUUAAUUAAAUAUUUUUUGUAAAUAUUAUGUGUGUGUUUUUUUUUAAUCUAAGGGAAUAUUUCUGUUGGAAAAUUAUUUUUCAGCUCCAUGGCAGAGCUCUUCCUAUCUUGAAUGUGUUUUCUGUUUGGCCUGGUUUUUUAAUUUGUUUCUGUUUUUCCCAGUGUUGCGUAGACUCGGAAGUAACAGCUAUAGCUAGUGGUCCUGCAUGACUGCAUGAGAUGUUUAAUCACAAAAUAAACUUGUUCUGAGUCCAUUCAAAUGUGUUUUCUUUAACCUAGAUUGAAAUCUUUGUAUUUGAAGCAUACAUGUUGAAAAUAUACUUUAUCGGUUUUUAAGUACAGAGUUCGAUAGUGUAAUAUAUAAAAAGUGGUUUUUGCUUUUUAACUCAAGUCAAAAUGGAUUCGGAAUGAUUUAGCCUAUGGGAUGGGGAAAUGCUUGGGUCCUUAAGGAAUUUAUGAAAUCUACUGUUUUAUCUAAGUGAAAAAUAUGCUUCUCAUUCUUCAUUUUCCACGAAAGCUUAAUGUCACCAAGUUUCAUGUCUGUACAUAUUAUUUAAAUCAUAGAAAUGAAAAAUGUUCUCUGCUUGCUACCAAAGGACAUACUCUUGGAAAUGAACACUUUCUGCUUUCCUUCCUCCAACUAUUAAUAGGCAACAGUGGGGAAAACAAUAAGGCAUAAUGGCAAAUCCUUCAAGCAGGGAUAAAAGUCGAUCUUCAAACAUAAGUAGACCAAAAAUUCUGAUGACUGCAUCUAGAUUAUUUUUUUAUAAAAAUGAUUUUCACUAUAGCGAUGUUAGUUACCGCUAAACUACUGUCCAAUCUCUUGUGAUGUGUAACUUUUCCAUGUGAAUAUUAAAGUAGAUUUCUCUGUCUUGUA